AUGGACUAUUGGGAGACCCAUGGCUAUGGCCGGUUGUCUGAUUCUACCCGCAAAAUCAGUUGUCAAUUGGCGACGGUCCACGUACUCCCAGUUUCUUCCCACGGACUUGGCGCACUAAGCGAAAUUGGCCGUCUAAGACUUACUUUUCUGGAAAGAGUUCUAUGUUCUCAGACCCAUGGACACCUCAGGCUAACCGCCGACUCCAUCCAGGAGAAGCGAUCGGCAGUCCAUAGAUAUAGGCUCUCUUUUCCAUCGUCCCAGACAGAUUAUCUUAGUGAUUAUCAUGGAUACGCUUGCUUUGAUCAGCGGGUCUUCUCCGUUAGCACCGGUAGUGGUGAGCUGAGUUUUGCUCCGUAGCUUGGGCGAUCUGGUAUGAUGGUAUGCGUGGUGCAAGGGGGGAAGAAGGAAGGAUCUGGAUAAAAAAUGAGUCUUCUUUUUUUUUUCUUUUCCCGAUCUCAGAUGGACCCCUGGAAUGGGAUACAGUGGAAUCCUGAGAUUUC